UGCCACAACGCCCAAACAAACACCCUUUCUCUGCAUGUAAAGAUAAUAUCACCUCCCUAAAAACUACGAAGAAGAAGAAGAAGAAGAAGAAGAGCGAGAACAGAGAGAAACGAAAACACAGAAUGGCGAGGGAGUUGGAGAGGAGAGACGGGAUGUCGACGGAGGCGCCUCUUGCCCCUAUCACCUGCGACCGACAUGUUCGCGAUGACAUCGAAGAUCGAUUGCCCAAGCCGUAUAUGGCAAGAGCAUUGGAAGCCCCAGAUGCAGAGCAUCCAUAUGGGACACCAGGCCACAAGCACAAUGGCUUGAGUGUUCUUCAACAGCAUGUCGCCUUCUUCGAUCAAGACGACAAUGGCAUCGUUUACCCUUGGGAGACUUACAGUGGAUGUCGGCAGAUAGGUUUCAACCCAAUUUUCUCUCUGGUUAUAGCCGUCCUUGUCAAUGUGGCCCUCAGUUAUGCCACUCUCCCUUAUUGGCUUCCUAACCCAUUGUUCCCAAUCUACAUUUGUAACAUUCACAAGGCCAAACAUGGCAGUGAUUCGGGCACGUAUGAUACCGAAGGAAGGUACUUGCCCUUCCAGUUCGAGAACAUGUUCAGCAAGUACGCACGAACGCAGCCCGAUAGGCUCUCGUUCGGGGAGCUUUGGGACAUGACUCAAGGGAACAGACUUUCGUAUGACUUAUUCGGAUGGAUUGCCUCCAAACUGGAGUGGGGGUUUCUGUACAUCCUUGCAAGGGACGACGAAGGGUACCUUUCGAAGGAGGCUAUAAGGCGCUGCUUUGACGGUAGCUUGUUCGAGUACUGCGCUAAGAGGAACAUGGGCGGCGAUCCAAAGAUGCACUGAGGGAGGAACUGCAGCUCACAAGUUCAGAAAGCAGCCACCCACCCACCCACCCAUUUCCAGUUUUUCUUUAGAGAUCAGUGUAAUAAAAAGCAGCUCUCAGGGAGAUCAGAGACGUAGAGCAGUGAUGUUAUGGAGAACUUUGUCUUUCUCGAAACAAUGUAAUGAUGCAGACAAAUUGCUCUUGCAGUUUUCUGAUGGUGGUUGGUAAGUCUCCUU